UUCUACACUGGACCGCUGGCUACAGCAUAUCAUCGCGUCAAACUCUUCUCCAUUUCUUCGCUUGGUCUCGCCGCCGCUCUCACUCCCAUCAUCUUUGUCGUUGAGGCACCCAUACCGACAAGUGCCCGCACUGCAUUAGCCUUUACAGCAGUCAUAGCCAGUGGGGGUUCGACAGCCCUGAUCGCAUGGUGCGGGGCCCCGUAUGUAGAAUUCAUGCGUCACCUGUCACCGUCCACUCCAUCAGCGGGAGUUGCGAUCCAUACAAAAUCCUUCUGGCUGAAAGACUUAAGUACAGAGGUGUACGACACCGCAUUCCUUGGCCCAACAACUCGUGCAUUCGCAAAGUGGGAACUCGUCUCCUUGGUACGGAUGGAAAGGACUACCGGGAGGUAUCCUGGUGCACAGGAAAUCGUGGCACGUACAAAGGACCAUUCUGGGAGAGUUGUUGGAGAAUGGGUAAUAGAUUGGAAUGCAGAU